CCGCACUAUAAAAGGUACGUCAGCAUUUGUCGAGUUUUUCAACAUCCUACGUUGAAUCAACAUGGCUUCAUACGCAGCUGUGACAGCGCACAAUGCUCCCAGCAUUGACCAGCAACCCAAACCUGAUCCUGCACUGCUCAAUACGGCCCCACCACAAUCUUCGCCGUAUAUCGAUAUCACAAAGAAGGUCAACAUAGUUCCUCCGCCAGCCCCCGCCCCCCGUCGCCGCAAUCGACUGGACGAGACCAAAGCCGAAAGUAUCUAUCUUCUCGACUCGGCCAAACAUUAUCUUUUGCGGCCCGGAGUCGCUGGCGGGUUGAUUGGCCUAGUGAAUAUUGGUCUUAUGGCGGGUACCGCAAGGGCGUUUUACGUUAAUCCUCACUAUCGACGCGACACGAGAUUGAUAUACUCCACGGUUGCGGCGGCCCUGGGACUACUUGGAUUGGAAGGCUUCAUUGGAGAGGCGUAUCGAAAGACGCCGGCAGGCCAGGAAGAGGAACGUAAGGCCAAGGAGGAAGGUGCUGUUAUCUAUAGACACGCCAAAGAGCAGAUUCUCCGCCCCGGCGUUCUUGGCGGUCUGGUUGGAAUGAUUAACCUGGGAAUAAUCGGUGGCAUUUCCUAUUACUCUUAUUUAAAUUGGAACAAGCCGUGGGAUCGUCGAGUAGUGUCGGCUCUCUCGGCUGGUCUGUGCGCCCUGUCUGUUGGAGAAGGUUUUCUGGCUGAGCAGUAUCGCUCGAAAAUGUAGACGAGAGUAUGUACGCAAGCAGUCUGGUGAUCCCCAUCAGUGUAUGUAUGUCGCUAGUGAUCCAACAAUGCCCUUUGAUCGUA